AUUUUCAAGACAAUCAUGCAUGGUCAACUAAUACUUUCUGUCGUGCAGAUCUUGACUGCUUUUGCCAACGCAUUUCAUGCUUUGCAGCCCAUCAACGUUCCUGGAUUCAGCUUUGUAUGGCUUGAGUUGAUAAGUCACAGGAGUUUCUUACCAAAGAUGUUGACUGGUAAUGGUCAGAAAGGUUGGCCUUACAUUCAAAGGUUGCUUGUAGAUUUGUUCCAAUUCAUGGAGCCUUUUUUGAGGCAUGCUGAACUUGGAGCACCGGUUCAUUUUCUCUAUAAAGGCACACUUAGGGUGCUCCUAGUGCUGCUUCAUGACUUCCCCGAGUUCUUGUGUGAUUACCAUUUUACCUUCUGUGAUGUUAUUCCUCCUAGCUGCAUACAAAUGCGAAAUAUUAUUCUAAGUGCUUUUCCUCGUAGUAUGAGGCUGCCAGAUCCAUCCACGCCUAACUUGAAGAUUGAUUUGCUUCAAGAAAUAACUUUAUCCCCUCGAAUCUUUUCGGAGGUUGAUGCAGCACUUAAGGCUAAGCAGAUGAAGGCUGAUGUAGAUGAAUAUUUGAAGACAAAGCAGCAGGGUUCUCAAUUUUUGUCCGAGCUAAAGCAGAAGGUGCUCCUCUCACCUAAUGAAGCUGUCUCUGCUGGGACCCGUUACAAUGUUCCAUUGAUAAACUCACUUGUGUUAUAUGUUGGAAUGCAGGCCAUCCAGCAAUUGCAGGGACGAACUCCACAUGCACAAUCAGCUGCGGGGGCAUUUCCUUUGUCUGUAUUUUCUGUCGGUGCUGCAUUGGAUAUUUUCAAGACUCUAAUUGUGGACUUGGACACUGAGGGGCGCUACCUUUUCCUGAAUGCUAUUGCAAAUCAACUACGUUACCCAAAUACUCAUACACACUACUUUUCAUUCAUCCUUCUGUAUUUGUUUGCUGAAUCAAACCAGGAAAUUAUUCAAGAACAAAUUACCAGAGUCUUGUUAGAACGCCUUAUUGUUAAUCGACCCCAUCCAUGGGGCCUGCUCAUCACUUUCAUUGAGCUGAUCAAGAACCCUAGAUAUAACUUCUGGAAUAGGUCCUUCAUAAGAUGUGCCCCAGAAAUCGAAAAGCUUUUUGAGUCAGUCUCAAGGUCUUGCGGUGGUCCGAAACCGGUAGAUGAUGGUAUUGUCUCAGGCUGGGUUUCUGACAGUUCACACUGAGUUUUUCGUUCUUACAGGUUUUCUUUCUCUUUUUGACCAACCAUAGGUUGUGUAAAUUUUUGUCUCUUAGGCUUUUGCUAUUUCAUAUUUUCCAUUUGCAUCCUUGCUAAUAUGUUAAACAAUGUCCUGAGUUUUCUUGUAAAUGUUAUCAACAGAAAUAUGGCCCAAAAAAAACAAAAGUCAUCUUCUGAUAGAUUUUUAUAACUGAUGAAUUUUAUGUAAAUAAGUGAACAUGCCUUCGAAGUUGAACCCAGUUAGCUUUAUUCUAUCUUG